GAAAGUGUGUCACACUGCCAGAGAACAGACAGCUUGUAUUGUUGAACAGAGGCAGCUGGAACCUUGUGCUACCGAGCCUGACAUGGUUCACUUGUGUGUGUCCAUAACAGACGAUGGUCUCAGACUCGAGUCUAUAAAAAAAGAAUCGUCCAAUCCUGCACAAAGAAGGGGAAAGAAGAGUAAAAUGGCCACCAUUCAAAGACAACCACGAUCCAGAACGGCGUCGACUCGACAGGAUCGUGGCUCUUGUUCUUCGACUGCAUCUUGCCCCGUAUUUUCUGGACCUUACAGUGACCAGGAAGAGGAACCUCCGCUGCGUCGCCAGUCAUCUCCCUUACUAAAAGGUUCUCUUUCAAGCCUGCACAAUGCCACCAAACCAAGCCACAAAAGAUCAUCAUCAAGCAUCCAGGGUUCUGUUGUCUCUCUUCAAGGAUCGCUACCAACUCUCCAGGGUUCUCUUCCAAACUUCAACUUCUCUUUGCCAAGGCUGAAGGGAUCAAUUUCUCGGUUGAGGAGGCGAUCACUGGGCAGUUUGGACAACUCCAGCCCAGGCCUCAGCGAGCGAAGCACCAGUCCAAGUCUGCACAGCGGCAUCGGCAGCUCAAGUGAUGAUGACGGCAGUUGGGACACUAACAGUUGGAGUUCAGGGGCUACCUGCCUGCUCAGGACAUCUCCUAAGCAGGACAGAGAUACAUCAGAGCAGUCAAGAGGAACAGCUCGUAAAACAGAUCAGAAAUCCACUAGUGCAGUGGUAGAACCGGAAAUUAUUUACCAAAAUCUCAUCUUCACGCGUCCAACCCCUCAAACUGAAACUAAAGAUGCUACAGAGAGCACUACAACAGUGCAGAAGAAAGACACAGGAAGUGCUACCUCAUCUUGCCCCAGCAAGAAUGCCUCCGUCGUCCCUCAAGACGACAAGAAGAAAGAGGACAGGCGCAAGUUCUCACAGUUUCUCAACGAGGUGGCCGGAAGGGUGCUGAAAACUAACAACGCUCCUUCACAACAGCAGCCCACCAUGCAAAACCGCAUCCCAUCUCAUCCUACACAAGCUCCACCAUCAGCUACCCCGCCGUCAUUGCAUUCGAACCCAACCAACCUCCCAACACCACCACCAAGUACUAACUUGUGGUACACUCCAACAACCAACCUGCAAACCAUCAAUGAAUAUGAUCCAAAGGACAUCACCAGCACCUUCCACCAAUGGAGCAAGACUCUACCAAGCUGUAAGAUCUUAGAACCAGCAGACAUGAUGAGGAAAAUAAAAGGGGACAAUCCCUCAUACCGAGAGCACAGCAUGGAGAUGUGCACAAAGCUACAGUCGCAACCCUCCACUGGGAGGCUGUAUCUGGAGACGGACAUUGACAGAGUAAGGCAACUUGAUGAAUUAGUGGAUAAUGUUAGCCCGAUGCAAGAGAGGAAUAAGAAACAAGCGGAAAAGGGUACAGAAGACAGAAGUCCUUGGCAGAACAAUGGAAUCUUGGGUGGAGAGAAAAGGAAGGAAAAUGUGAGGGAUAAAGAGAGACUGACAGAAAGAAGGAAAGAUAAGGGGAAGAAAGUCCCAGGUAACAGUUUUGAGCCUAAGUGGACCUCCAGUGGAAGCAGUCACCCCUGUCCGGUAUUCAAGUGGCCUGAGGGAUUUCCAAGAAUGUCCUACAGGUCCAUCUCACUACCCAGAGCUGUCAAUACCACUGAUUCUGAUGGAGAGAUGCAACGUGACAUGAGCUCUUUCCACGACCACAAGGAGGACCUACGCAAGCGCCUGUCCUACACCACACACAAGCUAGAGAUGGUGGAGACCGAGUUUGACUCCACCCGCCAAUACCUGGAGACGGAGUUGCGGCGGGCUCAGGAGGAAUUGGAGAAGUUUACGGAAAAACUGCGCAGGAUCCAGAGUAGCUACGCAGCGCUGCAGAGGAUCAAUCAGGAUUUGGAGGACAAGAUGCACAGGACGUCUCAGCACCAUGAGGAGGAGAAGAGAGCACUCAGCCGGGAGAUCAUUGUCCUCAACAACCACCUUAUGGAGGCAAAGCUGACUAUAAAUAAGCUCAAGGAGGACAACGACCUGUACAGGAAAGACUGCAACCUGGCCGCCCAGCUGCUACACUGCACCAAGUCUCAUUACAGAGCUCACAAGAUGUCUGAGCUGCCACUGGACUUUCAGGAGCGCAUCAGUUCCCACAUGGAGAAACAUAAUCAGGGCAGUGAAGCCACCAUGGCAAUGUGCCACUCCAAUUACUCUGAUGCCGUGCCCACAGCCAUCAUUGCCAAGGUCCUUGAAAAGCCUGAACCAGGAAACAGUUGCCCCAUUACUCACUCCCCGAGCCCUCACCCGCAAGAUGGAGACUCCAUGACAGGAACAGGUACUAAUGAUCACUUCAACCGCCGCACCGCAUACAAGACUUCCGACCUGUACUGCAGCGAUACUGCCCUCUACUGCCCCGAACGCUGGCAGGAUACAGAUCGCCGGCAGAGUAUGGACCUCCACGGUACCACUUUGCUCCAGCUUCACGGUCAGAACUCCACUGACAGCAACCCCGACGAGGAAGCCUACGCCUCAGGUAGCUUCUCCCAUCAUGAGCCGGCAUCACCCUUCCAGUUCAGUGCCGGAAGCCUCCCCGCCUCUAGUUCUUACUCCAGUUUCAGUCUUGCGUCAGACGAUAAAGGCGGAUUAGCGGGAGCACGCACAGCCAGUAGCACUUUAUCUACUUCUCACCAGGGUUUAUACAUGGAAUGGCGGGAGGGUGGCAGCGGGGAGUACGAACGUAAAAGCAUGUCUUCCUAUGAUAAAGACAGCCCAGGUUUCCCGAAGUCCAACAGCAUUCAGCACAUGGUCACCUCCAGGAGCCCGCAGAAGGGCACCUCGCCAGCGUACACAAGGACAGCCUCUUGCUUCAGUGAACCUUACCACUCAAGCAGCCCUCGCCUUGCCUCCUCUCAAAGCAUGGGGUCUACAACCGGCUUAGGCCAGGCACAGGGAGGAACUCUGGAUAGCAGGGCUGACGUCCAUGCCCCGGAGGACGACUUGAGCACCCGGUGGAGACAGCUGAGUGUUGAAGACAUCAACACAUUCUCAUCGUCCUAUCGUAAUGUCACAGGACGGGUCUCCCCGUACAGUUUCUCAGAAUGCCAUUACGCUGUGGGACCUUCGAGCAAGACCAAGGGAUCUCUGUACAGCAGCUUCCAAGAGGGAGAUGACGUCUUCCACAGUCACAUGCUGGACCAGUGUUUCGCCGUGGGUUCCCCUUCCCCCAGCCGCAGCAGCAAACUUCCACCUGUGGAGCUUCGCAAACAGAAAAAAACUUCUGUGCUGUACAGAACCAAGGACAGCAACCCAGACAGCUUGGUCCACUCAGGAAGUUCUAAAGACAAGGAAAGCAGCGGUAAAGGGAUGGCGGCAAGCGGCAGCGCCAAGAAGGACUAUGUCAAUCUGAGCGCCGGAAGCUCAGCCGAGUCCUUACACCAAAGCUCCUUAGAAGCCUCCAGUCUUCAGCAUUACCCAAGCCCGAGACCGAACAUCAGGCCUCGCCCGAGUUCCAGUUCCGCCCUCAGCGCUGUCGGCCCUGCGCUCCCGAAGAAGACCUCUCCAAGAUACCAAAAAUUCGGCAGCAUGGGGCUGACGAGGAAGGACAGUCUGACCAAGGCGCAGCUCUACGGCACCCUGCUGAACUAAUGUGACCAGGAAGAGCUUGUCGUUUAUGCAUGAUGAUGAUUACUAGCCUUCUGUACUGUAUGUCUUAAACGUUCUCUGCAGCAUACUUGGUGUGACAAAGGGUGUUCAGUGUUGUUUUAUGUAUCCCAGCCAAGGCAUGUUCAAUGCAGUCUACACUUUUUUUCUAUUCUAUGUCAUAUUAAAAGUGUAGCAGGAGUACCAGAGACUCACUGCAGUGUAGCAAUUCCGUGAUUUCUCAGUUUAUUAUAAUAAUUAGAAGCGCUGGGAUGAAACCACCUACGGCAACACAGACCAUGACCAUACUGUGCUUUCACAUAGAACUUUGGUACUGUUAGUAAAACCAGCAAAACACAUAUUAUUAUUAUACCAACGGUAUAAUGGAAGCAUGACUUCAUCGCUCAAUGCGGGGGUGGUAAUGUUAUACUUCAUAUAAUAUGGGCCUACUUGACAACAUAAUAGCUAAUGCUAAAUAUUAAUCUUGUUGUAACUGUAUAGCCAACCAUCGAAAUAGAUAUUCUUGUGUUGUUAAUUAUUAAAUCAGAACCUUCAACAUACUGAUAAAUUGUAAUAAGAGGGGGAAAAUUACAAAAUUAAGAAUAAAGUGAAGCUAUUAAGGCAAUGGUUCCGAUGCAAGCUGUAAGAUUUUUAACACAACUUGAGCAAUGUUUCGUCUUAUUUUUAUAUUAAAAAAAUGUGAUCUUUAAAUCUGAUGCUGUAUUGCACAGUAUAGAUAUCCGUACACCAGGACACUCGUGAAAUUGCCUUAAUUCUAUUUAGUGUACACACAACUUUGCAGCAUGGGAUAAGUGUACAUAAUGUAUAGCUGCUGUAUUCUUACUGUACGUACUAUAGUGUCUUCUUCCUGCUUGACAUAAUGGAGGGGGUGUCUUGGAGAGGAAGUAAGACGGGGAAUGUUAUGUGUACGAAUUCCAUUGUGAUCACAUUUUAUUCCAAUCAAUUUGUACACAAUAUAAGAGUGACAUUUGCGACGCCAGCUGGCUGCGUACUGGAGAACUUUAAAGCGUACCAGAGUAUUCAAGAGUAUGCCGGGUACAAAAAGUGCAUACUACAUGUUGGCAGGUCUGGUCUUUUGUAUGUAUGUAUGUAUGGUAGAGGUGCCACUGAAAAUAUAAAUACAACCCAAAUGCAACUACAGUGUAUCCAAUUAGGCUUUUUACAUCAGUCUUAUUCCCACUUGUUUCAUAAUCAUAUCACAAAAUCAUAAUUUCAAAAAGGGUUGAGUUGUAAGCCCUUCUAUUCUUUCUGAAGGACCUUUGUAUCAUCACGCAGAAAUGUGCUUCCAUAGGUAAUGCGAAAUUUCUCCCUAAAAUGACGACUUUUCCCUGCUUGAUUCCACUCAAGAGAGGAACGACAGCCAAAAUCACAGACAAGAAGUAUUAAGAAGUAUGUUUGGUUUUUUUGUGGAAUGUCAUGUUCUACCUCUGACAUUUUUGAAAACACUGGCUUAUUCCUGUUUGAAAUACUAAGUUGAAACUGCAUCUGUUAAAAAAAAAACUGCAGUGAUGCAGUCAUAUUUAUUUGGCACGAGUGUAUGUACUGUAAACUACCCCACAAAAUAAAUGAAAGAUGAUAUGGUAUUUUUGUUGAGGUGAUGUAUAGAAAGAGAUAGACAGUAGAUUAAUCUUAACACAAAUCUUAUACUGAUAUGACCAUUUUUCUAUUCUGUUGGAUGUGUUGACACAUGGGCGAGUCCUACCUCCAAAAUUGCCCCAGUAACAACAGGCCUGAAUGUUCACGUCUGUCUGAUGCAUGAUUAUAUAUUUUUGAUGUAUUUAUUUAAUAAAGAUGAGUGUUGGGAAAUACAAUGGCGAUAUCCAGGUGCUUUAUUUUUGGAAAUAAAGACAUUAUUUGAAAGCCAAAUAUAAUGCUGGUCAAAACAAUUGUUAUGUAGUUGCUAAUGCGAGGAGCUGAUGUUAGUUGUCAACUUCAUUGCUUAGACUUAACCCCUUUAAAUCUAAUAAUGUUAUUAUUAUGUAUAUUAUUAUAUAAUGUUAUUAUUAUUACAUCACAAUCACAAUGUUCAUGGU